AUGCCAGUGUGUGUUCAUGAAGGUUGUAAAAAAACUUAUACUGAAGAAGAAAAUAAUGAUAAUGCAUGCCUUUACCAUCCUAAACCUCCAAUAUUUCACGAAGGUUUAAAAGGAUGGCAAUGUUGUGACCGAAGGGUAACAUCAUUUGAUGAAUUUCUUAUUAUUCCAGGAUGCACCAAAGGCCAACACACUGAUCAAAUUCAACAACCUUCACCUUCAAGCACAGACUUGUCAAAAAAUGAUUUAAUUGAUAACAAUAAUAAGGAACCAAUGAGAGCUGAAGGAGAAGGAGAGGGAGUUGAAGUAUAUUCUGGACCAAAAAUUCCUUUUGUUCAAUCAAAAGAGGUAGAGGCCAAAAUUACAAACACAACAAUACCAAGUAGUGAAAAAACCAAGCCACAACAAAUGAUAGUCCAAGAACCAGAAGAUGAUGAUCCAAAUAUUCCUGUUACUGUUGGUACUGUUUGUAAAAGAUCAGGUUGUGGUAAAAAAUACAUUGAUGAAAAAACAAGCCGUGGAGAAGGUCCAGAAGCAGAAUGUAUCUAUCAUCCUGGUACAGCAACUUUUCAUGAAGGAAGUAAAGGUUGGAGUUGUUGCACUCGUAAAGUUUUAGAAUUUGAAGAAUUUUUGAAAAUAAAAGGAUGUAAAAAAGGAAAACAUUUGUUUGUUGGAAAUACCAACAUAGAAGAACGUGUUAAUUCAAAUGGAAUUUCUUGGCAAACAUUAAGAUCUGAUGAGAAUAGUUGUGGAGCUGUAACAACAUUCGGAGUUCAAGGUGGUAAUGCAACAGUUGGUGGAAAGGAGUAUACAAUUGCUGAAGAUUCACCUCUAUAUUCAGGAAAACAAAAAUAA